GUCGGUUUCGUGUGCACUUGUUGUGCGGAUGCCGGAGAGCAGAAAUGAGACAAAAUAAACUGCUGUAAUUUUGUCUGUGAACUUCAGACACUUUGUGAUUAAACGCUGUGGAAUAAAGUUCUGGCUUUAAUGUGACGACUGAACAAGUUACAAACUGAUAAGAGGAGAGCAGGAUGGAGGAGAGCGAUCGACACAAAUCUGUCCUGGAUGAGUUUACAGCAGACGGCAUUAACAUCGAGGAUGUGCAGUAUUUGACUCUGAGGGAGAAUCUGGAAUCUGAUGCUCAGGAUUUUGAAGCUCCCACAUGGAGUUUAGCUGUAGAUCCGGAGUAUGUGAAGAACUUCUCUAAAGAAGCAGUUAAGAGACAAGACGUCAUUCAUGAGUUGAUCCAGACGGAGAUAAACCAUGUGCGGACCCUGAAGCUCAUGGUGUUUGUGUAUCUGCGUGAGCUGCGCGACUCGCUGCUGAUGGACGAGUCUCAGCUUGAGCGCCUUUUCCCUCGUCUAGACUGUUUACUGCAGGAACAUCAGGACUUCCUGCAGAGACUGAAAAACAGACGCAGAGAGUGUCUGGAGACAGGAAGUGACAAAAACUACUUCAUCAGUAACAUAGGAGAUGUCCUUAUCACUCAGUUCUCAGAUGAACUCAGAAACAGGCUGGAGAACAGUUACUGUGUUUUCUGCAGUCGUCACACAGAGACGGGGAAUUUAUACAAAGAACAACUUCAGUCCAAUAAAAAGUUUCAGAAUCUGAUCCGAAGAAUCGGUCAGCUGUCCAUCAUGAGGAGGCUCGGCAUUCCUGAGGGAAUUCUGCUCAUCACGCAGCGCAUCACCAAAUACCCGGUCCUGGUAGAGCGCAUUAUUAAAAACACUGAAGGGGGAACACAGGAGUACGCUGAUCUGGUAAAUGCUCUGGAGUGCAUUAAGGACACCAUCUCCACCGUGGACACGCAGGUCCAUCAGUACGAGCAGCUGCGGGAAAUCGCCGCUCACCUCGAACCCAAAUCCUACGGCAGGAUGGGCAACGGCAAGAUUGUCCGCAGAGAAGAUCUGCUCCAGAAGGACAGGAGGCUGCUGAGAGAGGGAGUGCUGACGUGGAGGCCUCAGAACAGGUCCAAAGCGUUGGACAUCAUUGUGGUUCUGCUGCCUGAUUUACUGCUGCUGCUCCAGGCUAAAGAUCAGAAAUACAUAUUUGCUUCUCUGGAUGGGAAGCCUGCAGUUCUUCCCCUGCAGAAGCUGAUUGUGAGGGAAGCAGCUCACAGUGACAGGGUUCUGUAUCUGAUCUCAGCGUCUGAUGUCCAGGCUGAUAUGUACGAACUUCACACCUCAACAGCUGAAGAACGAAGCAGCUGGAGACUGAAGAUAUGGGAAACUAUUGAGAAAUGUCCACACAUGGAGGAAGAGCUGAUGGAGCAUGAAGAUAUUUAUCCUAAUAAACUUCGUGAAGUUCAUGACCAGCUGUGUGAGAAGGACGCUCAGAUCGAGGAGAUCCUCCGGCAAAAGCUGCAAAUAAUUUCUGACCUGUCAGAGGUUCAGACAGAUAACCCAACUACACUGAGACGCCUGCUGCUGAAAGGUUCUGCUGCUGAGCUCCAACAGGGGGAGCUGUUGAUCAACAACGCCAUUAUACAGGCUGAGAAUUUACAGGUGCAGCUGAUUCAAGGAGAGAUGAACUUUAUUCCUGGAGAAAGUGAUGAUGUGAAGCUCCACAUAAAAUCACAAACAUUGCCUGCGUUCAACAGAAUGUCAAAGAGUGGUGAUGGAUUUCGGUCCAGAGAUCAAAGACCAAACUCAGAUCCUCAUCUGCGAGACCUUUAUCUCAAUCCCUUGGAAUUAUCUGCUCAUGAUGAAGGCUUCUCCACCUUUCCUCCUCCUCCUCCUCCAGCACACACCAUUAAAGCAGAGUGGAUUGAGACUGCAGAUAAACUGAUAAGGACACUGUACAGCCUGAAGGCACUGGUCUCCCAGCAGGACAGUGAGUUGGAGGUUCUGCGUGCGGCUCAGUCGGAGCAUGAGCGUUCGUCCCGUCAACGUUUCAGCUCCAUCCAGGAUCAGGAGCGACAGCGGCACCUGGAGAAGCAGCGUGAGGAGCUCCUCCACCUGCAGAAGGUCCACAUGCAGCAGCAGCAGGAGCAGGAAUCCUGGGCUCGUGAGCGUCAGCGUCACCUUCUGAAAAUGCACGAGCUCGAGCAGGAACUGACGCACCGCAAGGAAGAGUGUACCAAUAAGGAGGCGUGGCUCUGUGCCGAGAGGGACGUCCUGAGCCGGUGCCGAGCAGAGUACCAGCAGGACCUGGAGCGUCUGAGGGAAAGUGCCAUCGCCGUGGAAAAAGAAAGGGAGAAACUGCAGCAGGAGAGCAGACGAAUCAACAAAUACAAGAACAUCACCAACGCCGGAGCCUCACAUCUGGGUGGAGUCUCACAACUGGACAAUGCACAUGUACCAAAACUGCCCAUUCCGUAUUCAUCACCUGACGAUAUGCUCAGCACCAGAUUACAGCACAGUCCGUCUCAUGUGCGCCCUCCGCUGGUCCCCCCUCGUAAAGAGAGCAUCAGUGUCACAGCAAGCGUUAAAGCAGACGUCCCCAUCCAGCUGCUGAGCACCACGAACGAGUCGCUAAAGUCCAGCAGCAUCCAACAGCAGAUCCCAACUAAACUCGCAAUUAGCAAAGGGAAGGACAAGAACAAAAGCAAGAGCGCACAUCAUCGCACCAAUAGUGCAGCCACAAUAGAAUUUUCAGAGGUUUUUCCCAUUAAAGUCUCAGGAAAAGAAGGAGGAAGUUUACGAGCAAUGAAGACCACAAAACUACACACACACACUGCAGAUGUUCCUCUGGAACACACUCUGAACUCAAAACCUUCACAAUCAGUAAACGCUUCCCGAAAAUCUGCUCAGCUGCAGAACCACCAGAGAACCAAGAACUGCAACCUGGAGGACGUUGUCUUCUUUUAGGUCUUCACCGUGGAUCAUCUCUGAACAUGAACACACUCAGACUUUACACAGCUUUAAAAAAAACAUAAUGAAUAGAAUUUAUGUGGCUUUAAGAAAAAAGGAAGGAAAUGAAUUUUAAUGUUUUUAAUAUUUUACUCCAUUACUACUGUUUUCCAGCACUUUCAAAAAAGUGUCUGUGUGUGUCUGUGUGAGUGUGUGUCUGUGUGAGUGUGUGUCUGUGUGAGUGUGUGUCUGUGAGUGUGAGUGUGUGUCUGUGUGAGUGUGUGUCUGUGUGAGUGUGUGUCUGUGUGAGUGUGAGUGUGUGUGUGUGUGUGUCUGUGUGUGUGAGUGAGCGUGUGUGUCAGUGUGAGUGUGUGUGUGAGUGUGUGUCUGUGUCUGUGUGUGUGUGUGUGUCUGUGUGUGUGUGUGAGUGUGUGUCUGUGUGUGUGAGUGUGUGUCUGUGUGAGUGUGUGUCUGUGUGUGUGAGUGUGUGUCUGUGUGUGUGUGUGAGUGUGUGUGAGUGUGUGUCUGUGUGAGUGUGUGUCUGUGUGAGUGUGUGUGUGUGUGUCUGUGAGUGUGAGUGUGUGUCUGUGUGUGUGUCUGUGUGUGUGUCUGUGUGUGUGUCUGAGUGUGUGUCUGAGUGUGAGUGUGUGUCUGUGUGAGUGUGUGUCUGUGAGUGUGAGUGUGUGUCUGUGUGUGAGCGUGUGUGAGUGUGUGUCUGUGUGUGUGUGAGCGUGUGUGUCUGUGUCUGUGUGUGUGAGUGUGUGUCUGUGUGUGUGAGUGAGCGUGUGUGUGAGUGUGUGUCUGUGUGAGUGUGUGUCUGUGUGAGUGUGUGUCUGUGUGUGUGUGUGAGUGUGUGUCUGUGUGUGUGAGUGAGCGUGUGUGUCAGUGUGAGUGUGUGUCUGUGAGUGUGUGUCUGUGUGAGUGUGUGUCUGUGUGUCUGUGUGUGUGUCUGUGAGAUUCAUCCACAAAAAAAGGGUAAAGUUUCAGGUCAAAGUGCUUUUUUGAAUCAUUUGUAAAUUGUAACUCAUUUUAGAGAAGUUAGAAUGUUUCAGAACCAGAACACAACGUUAACUUUUAUUAUUCUGUAACUGUAGAUUUUAUUAAAACACCUCAAAACUUUUAAAAUCCUGUUAAAAAAAACAGUUGGAUGACAAAACUUUUGUUUUUAUUCUUUUAUUGAUUCUGAAAAAAGGACAUUUGAAACCAGAAGUUUUGGGGUUUUUUUUUAAAUAAAAUGGAGAAACUGA